AUGCCUUCAAUAGCCCAAAUCGGUUUGAGAAGUGCUCAAUUCGUCACCGUACUUAUUUCGCUCGCUCUCAUCGCCGCUGCAAUAGAUAUCCAGCGUUUCGGCAACAAAAGCGUCAACUUUGCCAUGUUCACAACUGUAGUCUCUAUGAUCGUCGUUCUGUACGGUCUAGCAGCUGCAUUCGUCGAAUCUCUUGCACAUACCCUUAUUCUUGCCAUUAUGGAUGGCGCUGCCUUACUUUUCAAUCUCCUGUCUGGUAUUAUUCUGGCUAGCUAUCUGCAUGUCCACAGUUGUAGUAAUAGACGUUAUGUCCUUACCAAUCAGUUAACGCAGGGCUCGACGGGUCGAUGCCGUGAGCUUCAAGCUGCUACGGCGUUUAUCUGGUUCUCGUUUGCUUUGUUCACUGCGUCGCUCGCUGUGGAUUUAAUGAAGGGCUCUAGUACAAGCAUGCGUCGUCGUGGUGGCGCUCGCACUGGACCAACUAUGACCCAAGUCUAA